AUGGCUACGAUAUGUGCUGUGAUAGAGAAGAAGCUUCUAAAAACGUUGCUGCAGCCGCUGUAUGCUCAGCAGAAGCAUCUCGUUACGCUCAAGUGUCUAACGGUGGUGCUCUACUUGUGCCAAUGGGGUUCAGGAAGCUUUAUGAAUUGGCUUCGGCGCCGAUACACGGUGAUCAUCCAGCCUUUGGGUGGCAUGGCGUUUCUGCCCAACUAUGCUCUGGCGGUUUAUGCCAAGGUUGAUUCGGUUGUGAGGUUUUGUGAAGACGAUGAGGCUUUACGGGUUUCUAGAGACUCGUUGGACCAGUUACGGUUGGAGAUGAGACAGGGCGCGAGGUCUAUGGAGUUGAAGGCGCUUCAUUGA